CACAUUACUUCAGAAAUAAAUUGCACCACCACCAUUAGAACAGUUCCACGGCAUCGUCAUGUAUAGUGACUGCAAUGCCUUUUUAACGGCAGUGGGAGGUUCUGGCCAUAGAUGGCGCUGUUUAGUAUAUAUUUUGUUUCAGUCCCGUUUCCCUCCAUGGUUUCUCCUCUCCCCGACUAACUUGGCGUUUGGCUCAGUUCAUUAUACAGUCCCAUAUUCUUCCUCCAUUAGGGCAUCUCUCAGCAUUUGGACUGAGAAAAGAUUCCAGCAAAACCCCAGAGAGAAAAGUUUAAACUUUCGGAAGGGCAAAAUGGACAUGAAAAAGAGGAUCCACUUGGAGCUUCGAAACAUGACACCAUCUGAUGUACGAGAACUGGUCCUUGACAACUGUCGAUCUAAUGAAGGGAAAAUUGAAGGUCUCACAGCUGAAUUUGUCAACUUGGAAUUUCUCAGUUUGAUAAAUGUUGGCUUAAUUUCAGUCUCUAACCUCCCCAAACUUGGAAAACUCAAAAAGUUGGAGCUCAGCGACAACAGAAUCACUGGUGGCCUCGACGUCUUAGCAGAGAAGCUCCCCAACCUCACACAUCUAAACCUCAGCGGAAAUAAACUGAAGGACAUCAGCACGUUGGAACCUUUGAAAAAGCUUGACAACCUGAAGAGCCUGGACCUGUUUAACUGCGAGGUGACGAACCUGAACGACUACAGAGAGAGUGUGUUCAAGCUGCUGCCCCAGCUCACAUAUCUGGACGGGUACGACCUGGAGGACAGGGAAGCAUCGGACUCGGACGGAGAGGUGGACGGGGUGGACGACGAUGAUGACGAAGAGGGGGAGGAAGAUGAGGAUGGGGAGGAGGAAGACUUUGACGAGGACGAAGAUGAUGACGAUGAAGAGGAGGUAGAAGGAGAGGAGGAUGACGAGGAGGCCAGCGCAGAUGAAGAGGAGGAAGACGUGGGACAGGAAGGUGAAGUGGAGGAUGAGGAUGAUGAUGAGGAGGAAGAUGAAGCUGAGGCAGGAAAAGGAGAGAAGAGGAAGCGAGACCCAGAGGAUGAAGAUGAUGACGACGACGACGACUAAGAGUUAAAGAAAAGAGAGCUUGUCGAUUUACCAACUCUGCCCAGCCCCUCUCCCCCAACAACCCCUCCUCUGCCCUGCCCCUCUCCCCCAACAACCCCUCCUCUGCCCUGCCCCUC